AUGACAGGUCUUGUGCAGACGGGGACUAUUGCUGCAAAACGAACUGCGACGACUUCGGAGGACCUCGCUUGUGCUCAGAUGCCAUGCCACAAUCGACAGAAGCAAGUUCUCUCACCGAAUGUCCAUGGAGCAGCACUUCUGGCGAGGAUGGCAUGCUGGAGUGCAUGGACGGCACGAGGUGCGACGGCCCGAGCAAUUGGUCUUGCUGCUCGGCACACGGCGUGCAUGGACGGCACGAGGUGCGACGGCCCGAGCAGUUGGUCUUGCUGCUCGGCACACGGCGGCCGCGCAAAGUGCCCGAGAGACAAGCCAGUAAUGUGCAACGAGAUGUCGUGUGGAGACGGGGACUAUUGCUGCAAGGCCUCCUGCGAUGAUUUCGCAGGGCCUCGCUCGUGCCCGGGUGUCAGCCCACUCCCCUCACCAGCGAAUGCACCUUCAAUUCUGAUGCUGGGCAAUUCCUACACGUACUACAAUGGGGGAGUGGAUGGUGUUUUGCGGACGUUCGCCAUUUCGUUCGGCAAUGCACCGCGCGUGCGGGCGCUAACCAAGGGAGGAUCGAACUGGCAAUACCACCUGCAGCAAGUUACAGCUUCGGGUACCAAUCACCAUGCUGCCUUGGUGGGCAGCAGCGCUUUCGAUUUCGUCGUCCUUCAAGACCAGUCUCACGUACCCAGCUUGUGUUGCUACACGAGCCCGAGGUAUGUUGAUCCAGACUUUGAUGCGUCAGCGAAGGCAUUAGUUCAACUUGAUGCAGUGGUAAAAGCAGCGGGUGCUGUCACUGUUCUAUACCAGACUUGGGGACGCCGUGACAGCCUGACCCGGAAGCCUUAUUUUUCAUCUUUCGAAGCCAUGAGCGAGGCGGUGCAGCAGGGCUACAAGCACUAUGCAUCCUUGAUCACGACCUCCGACCGUAAGCCCAUCGUUGCGCCUGUAGGCAAGGCCUUCCAACUGAUCCACGACGAGGACUACAAUCUUUUCUACCGGCUCUACGACCCCGAUGCCACUCAUCCUUCCGCCUUGGGCACCUACCUCGCGGCCUGCGUCAUCUUCGCCAGUGUUACACGAGAAUCUCCGUUGGGACUUCCGACUGCGCUUGGCAUCUCAGCAGGAGAGGCCGUACGCUUGCAGAGCAAGGCUGCCAUGGCAGUUGCGCUAGCAUGA